UGGCGCGCGGAAGGGUCAUUUGGGUAUCGGGCGAAUGAGGCGGCGUGAAGAUGCGGCCGCUACUGAGCUGGGCCGGCUGGCGCGCGGUGCUUGCCCGGACGUACAGCCCUGGGCCUUCGGCGGGUUACCGCGGGACCUCGGGCGCACAGGGUUACGUGCGGAAUACCCCAGUUGGAACGUGCGAUCUGCAGGGCGAGCUGGACAGAUUCGGGGGCAUCUCGGUGCGCCUGGCGCAGCUCGACGCGCUGGACCGCCUGGACGCUGCCGCCUUCCAGAAGGGUUUGCAGGCUGCAGUACAGCAAUGGCGAUCAGAAGGUAGAACAGCUGUAUGGCUGCACAUUCCCAUCCUCCAAAGCCGAUUUAUUGCCCCCGCCGCUUCCCUGGGCUUCUGCUUUCACCAUGCAGAAUCGGAUUCAUCAGUGUUGACUCUAUGGCUGGGAGAAGGGCCCAGCAGAUUACCAGGAUAUGCUUCACAUCAAGUAGGAGUUGCAGGAGCUGUAUUUGAUGAAAGUACUAGAAAAAUUCUGGUUGUACAAGAUCGAAAUAAAUUGAAAAAUAUGUGGAAGUUUCCAGGAGGCCUGUCAGAGCCUGGAGAAGAUAUUGGAGACACAGCAGUUCGAGAAGUUUUUGAAGAGACUGGUAUAAAAUCAGAAUUCAGGUCCCUCCUGAGUAUUCGGCAACAGCACACAAAUCCUGGAGCUUUUGGGAAGUCAGAUAUGUAUAUCAUCUGCCGCCUAAAGCCAUAUUCAUUCACAAUAAAUUUUUGCCAGCAUGAAUGCUUAAGAUGUGAGUGGAUGGAUCUCAAUGACCUGGCCAAGACUGAAAAUACAACUCCCAUCACCAGCAGAGUUGCUAGGCUGCUGCUGUAUGGGUAUAGAGAAGGGUUUGACAAAAUUGACCUGACUGUGGAAGAACUUCCAGCAGUUCACACAGGCCUGUUUUAUAAACUGUAUCACAAGGAACUGCCAGAUAAUUAUAAAACUAUGAAAGGAAUUGAUUAAAUUCACAUUUAUAUGUUUAGAAACAUGUAGACUAAUGAAUGACAUAAGAAACAGUGGAUAUUUUGCAUUGAUUAAAUAUCUGGCUGUAAUUUUCUAAUGUAUAUGAUUUCCAUGAAGAAAUUUUGUCUCUAAAUGUGCACAUUUUAAAAGCCUCUUUCUGAAUAAAGCAAAUGCAUGAAAAAGA